AUGAGCGCUGCACCUGCAAAGCCUGUCCACCCUCUUCUCGCCAAAUACCUCACGCAACUAGCUCUCCAUCCUCUCAGGACGAAGGCUAUCACAACUGCGACCUUAUGCUUCUUGCAGGAAGUACUGGGAAGUAACCUUGCUGGAGUGCCAGCAAGGCCUUCCAAAGGCUCUCCCGCCCUCGUACGGUCAUUGCAAAGCGUCCAUGUCGACCUCAAAGCCGUCAAGAUGGCCCUCUAUGGCUUCCUCGUCUCUGCACCCCUUAGCCAUGUCCUCGUAUCCCAACUUCAGAAAGCCUUUGCUGGAAAGGAUUCCCCGGCCGCCAAGCUAGGUCAAAUCGUGGCCAACAACCUCCUCGUGGCCCCCAUCCAAACAUCUGCCUACCUCGCCUCUAUGGCUGUUAUCAAUGGAGCCACCUCGAUUGCUGAGAUCGUCAAGACUAUCAAGGCCGGGUUCUUCUCUGUUAUUAGGGUAUCCUGGAUCGUGUCGCCCCUCUCCCUCGCAUUUGCCCAGAGGUUCGUUCCCGUCGAGCUCUGGGUCCCAUUCUUCAACGCCGUCCAAUUCGUCCUCGGGACCUACUUCAACUACCGCGUCAAGCAGCUUCGGCUGGCAGCUUUGAAGAAGGAGCAGGAAAAGAAAGACGAAGACAAGUCCUCAUAAUGAGGCGAUAUUCGAUACCAACGCUUCACGACGUGUUAUCCCUAUCCUCGCAUAUAUAUGUUGCAUACCCUACUACGAUGACUGUCGAACUACGAUACAAACAUGGGAUGGCGAGACCUGUUGACUGUACGAGCGUUUGCACUUCGAGUCGGGAAUCACCAAUUCUGUGUCCACUGC